CCGGAGUAACUAGGGCUACAGGCAGGCGUCACUAUGCCAGGCUUAGUGCUAGAAUAUUCUAUUUUACUUUAAAAUACUCUAUGGUCGCUUUGGAAGGCAUCAACAUCAGCAAUGUGCCAUCUCCCAGAAAUGCACUUCUACACCAAGACUCUCAAGAAAUGGGAAUUACUGUAAGGGCACACCCUUGAGCAACCAUCACACUGCACUGAGCUCUUGAGGAUAUACUGGAAACAUCUCUGCAGGGCAGAGAAAUGCCACAGAAGCAGAAGGUUUGGGGAGGAAAAAUGCGGUGUGCCUCUUAUAGUGCUUUCCUACUGGAAUGGGUUUCUUCCUGAGAGCUACAUUCAUCCUGAGUUUUAAAUAUGUGGACCACUGAAUAUCACUCGGCCUUUCCUGAAGUUACAAAAUACCUUCCAUCGGUGGCGGGAACAGAGUUUGUAAAAUUAAAUGCCUAAGAUUUCAGAUAAGCUAAAUGACAUACAUGCAAUAGCAUCCCAUGCAGAAUUUAUUCAAUUCAAUCCAAUCCAUUGCAUCUAAUUCCCCAAUGCACAGAAACUCUCCAAACUGUGCACCCCCCAAAAGGAGUGAAAAUGCAAGGUUCUUGCUGCAGUUCCUGGGACACUGCGUGCCGCUUUGUUACAAGUGUAUCCAAUGUCCCCAGAACCAGGGACUUGUGGGGCGCGGCUCAUUCCAGCGCCACUUGCUCUGCAGCUUUCAGAGGUGGCGGUUGUGCUACGAAGGCUGACCCUGCCAAUGGCCGACAAGAUGCUGCGAACCCCCAAGUGCUCGAGAUGCAGGAACCACGGCUUCCUGGUGCCUGUCAAGGGCCACGCAGGCAAGUGCCGCUGGAAGCAGUGCCUCUGCGAGAAGUGCUACCUGAUCUCCGAACGCCAGAAGAUCAUGGCCGCACAGAAGGUGCUCAAGAGGCAGACCGCCGAGGAGGAGCAGGAGGCGGCCCAGUGUGUGCCGGGGCCCGAGCAGGCCUCUGGGGCUGCGGCCGCCGCCCCUAGCCCCAUCCGCGUCCCAGGCCUCCGCCCGCUGCCUCCGGGAACCGCCUCCGGAGACGCGGAGCCGGGACCCGAGGGCCGCGUGGCAGCUUGCAUCUUCGAGCGGCCCCCGCGGGGCCGGAGCCCCGGUCCGAGCGCCUUCCGGCCCGUUCUGGGUGGGCGCGGCCACGUGGGGCCGAGCGAGCAAGCCGCUGUGGCGAUGCCCAGCCCUGCGGGACCCGCUUUCGGGGCGGAGACCACAGGUAGAGGCUGCCCCGGCCUCCUGGACCUGCGCAGGCCGCUGCGGCCUAUAUCCAGCCCCCCGUUCGCCGACUUCGGGCGCCAUCUGAGCAUCAACCCGAACCGUGCGCUGGGCUCUGAGUACCCCGGCGGCUCAAGCAUGCACCCCUACUGCCCGUUCCCGCUGGGCUACCCGGACGCCCCUCCUGGCGUCCCCCUGCAGCAGGGCUUCCGGCAUGUGUCCCGCAGCCAGUACCAAGGCGGAGGCUUGGCAUCGGAACCAGUGGGAGACUUCCAGCCAAGCUACUACCCGCCACCGCCACCACUGCCUCCCCUUCCACCGCAACCACAGUUCCUCCCACCAGGAUACCUCUCUGCCCUCCAUUUCCUCCCCCCGCCACCACCACCACCACCUCCAUCAUCUUUCUCACUGACCGUCCUGAUUGAUACCGACAAAGAGAACACUGAUGACCAGGAUGCAGAGGUGCCGCCGGAUGAGCCCAGCCAGCCAUCGUCUCAGGAGCAGUCCAAAUAGGCCCCAGGCCUGCCCUCCGGCCAGGAGAGAGGGGCACUGGGGACGCCAGCAAUGAUUUUCUUGUCUGCAUUCAGUGAUACGUGGGAGGAAGGAGGUUGAUAGGCAUAGAUAGCAACUGAUUCCGAGUUCAAGAUAGGAGGGAGAGUGAUUUCUAAGUUUCUUUCUGUCCUGUGCUGUGCAGUUGAAGAGGAAUGUGGAGGAAGCCAUUACCAGGGGAGGGCUAGGGCUCUGAGGAGUGGGUGGCUGGGAGAAGCUCCCAUUUAGGAAUGAAUUUAACUGUUCUUGGGUUGCACUGCCAUUUAUUGGAAUAAGCCCUAAGGCAGUAUUUGAUUUCCUCAGGCCCCACUCCAGCACAGGAGGCCCCAUCUAUUUCAGCCUUCUGCUGCCUUUGCCUGGUCCUCCAGGGCACUGGGGGGACCACAGACAUCAACAUUGCAGUUCAUCCAGGUGGCUGGAGCCAGCAGCCAGGACCAGGGUCGUUGACAGCAGGUUCUGCAGCGUCCUGCCUUGCUGCUCUGUCUCCCACGUCUUCCAGGCCACGGCCCCUUGCCCCUCCUCCAAGGGGCUUUACUAGCAAGCAUCCUGGCUGCUGGGGCUACUUUAUUUCCCCUCCAUACAGUUUCAGCCAUAAUGGGCAUCGUUUCUGGUUUUAAAAAAUUUAUUAGUUUGACUAUUUGAUGUUUUUAUAGUGAUUGCCAACUUUAAAAAGUAGGCUGUUGAUAAGCCCUGAGGAAGUCCCCAGGUAAUAGAAUGGUGCCUCUGAUCGCCUGUGACAUGAGCAGUUUCUUCUCUGGGGGCAGUUGGCUACUGAAAUAAAAUAAGCAAUGGAAA